CCCUCCCCAGCCGGGCGGACACCGGGAGGACUCUUGGCUCCCCGCAUCCCCUCCCCCGGUGCCUCCCGGGCCCGUCCCCCCGCCCGCCCGAGGCCCCGCAGCGGGAAGGAGGAACCCGGGCGGCAGCCGGGGCGACAUGGGCAGCGCCGAGGAGGAUUACAACUUUGUGUUCAAGGUCGUCCUGAUUGGAGAGUCCGGGGUGGGCAAAACCAACCUGCUCUCCCGCUUCACCCGCAACGAGUUCAACCACGACAGCCGCACCACCAUCGGGGUGGAGUUCUCCACCCGCACCAUCAUGGUGGGAGACGCCGUGGUGAAGGCUCAGAUCUGGGACACGGCCGGGCUGGAGCGGUACCGCGCCAUCACCUCCGCGUAUUACCGAGGAGCUGUGGGUGCCCUGGUUGUCUUUGACAUCACUAAGCACCAGACGUACGACGUGGUGGAGCGCUGGCUGAAGGAGCUGUACGACCACGCCGAGGCCAACAUCGUCGUCAUGCUGGUGGGGAACAAGACCGACCUCGCGCAGGCUCGGGAGGUGCCCAUGGAGGAGGCGAAAAUGUUUGCAGACAACAACGGGCUGCUGUUCGUCGAGACCUCGGCGCUGGACUCCACCAACGUCGAGCAGGCGUUUGAGACCAUCCUGAAGGAGAUCUUCCACAAGGUGCAGCAGCAGAAGCAGAGGAACAGCCAAAGCAACGCGGUGUCGCUUGCCAACGAGAGCCCGGAGAGCGCGGCCGCGGCGCGGAUGGAGAAGCGCCAGUGCUGUGUCCCCCUGUGAGCUGGCCGGGCACGCCGGGUGGCCCCUGGGGACCCCGCAGCCCUGGGACGUGCCGGUGCCAUAGAGCUGGGUCUGCCUCCGCACAGACCACUGGCGUGGGCUGGUGCCAGCGAGCCUGCGGUGCCGCUCUCAUCCUGGUGCCAUGGGGACCAGCAGCCCAGGCAGUGGCCAAAUUCUGCCCUAAACAGCGAGAAGCACCAGUGCUGGGA